AUGAGCAUCAAGCAGCGAGAAGACAAGACGCUGCGGGCCUACAUAACUCGUUUCAACAAAGAAGCCCUUUCAAUUGACGAAGCUGAUGAUAAGAUACUCGUAGCUGCAUUUACUAGCGGGCUACGAAAGGGUAAGUUUUUGUUUUCUUUAUACAAGAAUGACCCGAAGACCAUGAUGGACGUGCUCUACAGAGCUACCAAAUGCAUGAAUGCAGAAGAUGCAUUGCUAGCCCGCGAGGUAAAGCCUAAGAAGAGGGAGAGGCAGGAGGACGCGCGACAAGAUAGGGGGCGAAAAGUUGCUAGAACCGGGGAUUAA